UUUGUACGUUUUUUUUUCUUUUUAGCCCUUUUCUUCUGGAUGAAAUAGAAGAAUCCGGUAGUUUCUUUUUCCGGCAGUUGUGUGAAUUUGGGGUGAUUUAUGGAGAAUGGAAUCCACUGUCUUCGCCACCAGUAAAACCCGCUACACCCCUCUCCCUUCAGGUGACCAGAGCAAGUACGCUGCCCAAUCUGUGAGAGCGCUGCCGAUUCGAAUUCUGACGGUGGGGAAGAAGAGGUCGGCGGGGAUUCAGCUCGUUGUUGAUGAGUAUACUGAGAAGCUCAAGCAUUAUUGCCCUGUUCAAGAUGUUCGAAUCAAGUCUAAUCCUAAAAAUGCUCGUGACUCAACGGCUCAGAUUGAACAUGAAGAUAUGGCUGUGAUGGGACUCAUCAAGUCCAAUGAAUGGGUUGUGAUGUUGGAUGAGCGGGGAUGUGAUGUGAGUUCAGAGCAAAUGGCGUCUCUAAUUGCAGAGGCUGGAAACACAGGAGCUUCAAGCAUACUGUUCUGCGUUGGUGGGCCUUAUGGGCAUGGAAGGCAAUUGAGAGAGAGAGCUGAUGUAUCAAUCCGGUUGUCAUCUUUGGUCUUAAAUCAUGAAAUUGCAUUGGUUGUAUUGGCCGAGCAGCUCUACAGGGCUUGGACUAUUCUCAAAGGCCAGAAGUACCAUCAUUAGAUAUUAUUCCAUAAUCCACCACGACCUAUCAAGAAUGAAGAAGUCAACUGUUGGUGCAGUUAAAUUGGUCUUUUAAGCCACUGAAGUUGAAUACAAGAUACACUCUUGGCGCAGUUUCUGAUAGUAGUGCUUCUCGUGAUGUUGGAUGGCUCUGAUGCACUUCCUAGACGAUUGCAGUUUCAAUCAGAAUGGAGGUUCGGUUUUAGGUUAAGCGUCGUAAAGCAGAAGAAAGAGAUAUUUCUGAGAUAUAAGCUAUCCUAAUCCUACUGCUGAAGGUUGUAGAGGCAACCUGAGCAUCAUUAAGAUGAUAUUCUAUGUUUUACUUGGGUUAGUGCAUCUCUGCAGUUUUAUUGUGAAAUAUAUCAAAUUUGAUUUUAAUUUUUGAAAUAUAAAUUCGUGCCUAUUCUUUUAA